AUGGGGCCAUUUCGGGCGCAUGCAGAUAAUAUCGACUACGAUUACCUCAAGGAUCUUAUCAAGCACCAAACAACACCAGGCACCAACAAGGCCGUAUCCAUACCGGGACAAGGCGAGAGUACCGAGCGCGCCUUUGGAGACACCUUCUUCAAGGUCCUAGCCGAGCAGCAUGAUCGCAUCAACCUAUUCGUACGGAGUAAGAGCGGCGAGAUCGAGCGCAGGUUGGAGCACAUCAGCAAGACCCUAGAACAACUGCGCGCCAGACGCAACCCAGCGAAUGGACGUCUGCCGGCGCGGACCGUCGAGCGAUAUGCGAAGAUUGACGCCGACGUCACAAGGACAGGAGAGGAGAUUCGCUCUCUAUCGCGCUUCCAGGUGACGCAGCGAACCGGCUUCAUCAAGAUCCUUAAGAAGUAUAAGCGCUGGACCAAGGACAGGGAGCUCAGUCAUGUCUUCAAACGAGAGAUUGGUAGCCGCCCGGACAGCCUGUUUCAAUUGGAUCUGGGCUACCUGCUGGACCAGUACAUUGAUGUGCUCGACGCGCUCCGCUGCGCCUUCGACUCGGACGGCACGUAUGCGUCCAACAGGGAGAAUGGAAACGGCCAGUCGGCAGCUGCGCGUAUAUCCCGGAUGCUGGACAAGGGCGACGACGUCGACUUUGACCUGGCUUUGAACACAGUACCUCUGGGCUCCAAGGGAAACAAGGCGACAUACUGGAUACACCCGGACCACAUUGUCGAGGCACAGGUGCUGCUGCUUCAGCACAUGCGCCUCUACAUCACCAACGUUAGACGUAACGCAUCUGUCAGGGGGACUCCCAUCCGCCGACAUUCCUCCAACAACAACAUCGAUCCAUACUUUGGAAGCGAGGAUACGACCGGCUUUGUUGUCCUGGAUCACGCCGAAGCCUAUGCCUUCAAGCAAAAUGCAAGCACGAUUGGCGCAACAGAAGAGGCACCGGGAAACAUUGGCAUCAAGGCAGCUGGCCAAGUGCGGUGUUGCGCAUCUGGAGGAGCGGCAGUUGUGGUUUGCACCCAAAGCGACGCGCAAGCGCAACCAUCACCUGUUGUCAAGACGGCAAAGAUGGAACGCAAGGCUUUGAAGAACAUUCUGGGUACAUCUAUAAACGAAGAUAGCAUGAAGCACUCUGGAGACGCAUCCGCGGUUCGACAAUGGCUGAGUGAACAUCCGUCUACGAAGCCAAUUGCGGGCGCGCUCUCCAAGCGUACGCGGCUCACUGGAUUACACAACAACUCCACUGGGGGUAUAUGGGCGACUCUGGACAAGGAUGUUUACCUAAAAGACACCUUACACAAGGAUCUCGAAGGCGACGACUGGACUUCAGCUGCUCGAUCAGAGUCGGCAAAGAGGUUUCCCCAUGCUAUCCUGGAGAUCCGGCGCGAAGGCAACCAGGCAAUGGCUCUUAUUCAGACCCUCGAGCGGAGUCAUUUGGUCGAGCGCGUACGGGGUUUUUCACUAGAAGCACAUGCGGUAUGGGCUUGCUGCAAGCCCGGUGCCAUGUCUGAGCCAUUCUGGAUAUCCCUUUUAGACAAAGAUAUCCGAAAGCUACCGGAACCGGUAAAGAAGCGAAGCCGUAGAGCCAUGGCCUACUCGAGUGAUUCACAGGUCCAGAACUCUCCUCCGGCAACCUCGACCUCCAACACCUCGUAUGACGGACAGUCUAGCCCGCUGGCCUCACGCUAUGAAGAGUCUUCUGCAACAUCAGUUCACGAAUUCGUCGAUCCUCCACCUCUGCAGGCCUUUAGGAAGAAGAGUCGGAGACCAUACUCUGACUACCCUCCACCUUUGAAGCCGGCAGACCCGGAGCCGGAAGUGCAGCAACGUUACUGGAACGAAUAUGACCACCCCGAGGACGAAGAAACAGGCUACUACAUCUACGUCGACCCUGAUGCGGAGGUUAAGUUUCCCGGCCAGGACUUUUUUGAGGCAUGCGCAAGAGCAGCGAGGACGCUGUUCGGUAAACAGGACACGCCGGACCAGGCAUCAAUCGCCGCCAGCGAAGACUCGGACGAUGACACAAUUGACUCGUCGCCAAUGCACUCUGCAAACUACGGAAUGAUUGAUGCACAGAGCAAGCCUGCGAGCGGAAAGGGCUACUUUAGCUCUCUAUUCCGCUCUGUCCGUGACCCCGCCCACGAUGCUGAGCUGCUGAACGAGCGCCGUGCAUUGCUUGGACAAGUCGAAAACCACCAACACAUGACGGAAAUGACCAAGUUGCGCUUUUACUCGACAGCUCUGGCCGCCGCUGUGGUGAUAGACCUCAUGCUUGGUCUCAUGACAGUGACGAGUCGGAGGAAGGAGCGGGGCGUGGUUGAUGCUGGAGUUUUGAUUGGAACUAUUUGUACGCUUGUAUUAUGUGUUGUUGCCGUCAUCAGUAUGCGGACGCGUAAAGAGAGACUAGGGUGGGUGCACCAAGGUGCGGUUUCGAGCAUUGCUGGUGCUGUUGUGGCGUUGGAUGUGCUACUUUUGUUGUGGAUUUUGCGGAUUUAA